CUUGUACUUACUAGACGAAUAUUAUGAUGAUUAUAAACAUUUUCUAUAUACCUGCAAUAUGUUGCGCCUUAAACAUCGCAACCUCAGCUGACACCUUCGUAUCCAUAACAUCCAUCAGAUCAAAACGCGCAAUAAAUUCCAAUCAUGAUGUUCGUGAUAACCAGGAGCGACUCAGAGGAACUACAUCAAGAAUCGCGUUGCCGCAGGAUAUCACCACGAGAUCAUUGUCUAAUUAUAGAAGCGCCAAGGCACCGGAACCACAGAAAAUUUCUUACAUCAAUUCAAAUCAAGAAUCUUCUCACGCAUAUGGCAGUGUACCAAAGCAGCCGCUUUCUUCUUAUGUUCCUUUGCCUAUUCAUCAGACUAAAUAUUAUCAGAAUAGUCCGUCUGUUCCGUAUUUAAAUAUAUUGAACAAUUCCAAUUUAUACAAGACUGCAACGAGCACCGAGAAACCGUUAGAUGCAUCCAAACCGACUGUAUCGCAAUCACAUCAAAAAUUGCAAGGCAUUUACUCGCCCAAUGCAUUCCAUCAAGAUAAAUCUAUUGAAUUCUCGGGCUUCUCCGAUUUUGAAUAUCCUUCAUAUGCGAGUAUCGGUAAGCUUAUCUCCCAGGAUGUGCAGAACGGUGCUUCAUCUCCCAUUGUACAAGUGCCAGUGUACAAAACAAAUUAUCCUCUGUCAAAAGACACACACGGAUAUACAUUGAGCUUUCCAACGGCAUCAAGUGCUUCUCCAUCGUCGGAUAAAAUGACGCAGAGCUCUAAGCAGAAAGAUGAAGCUACUGUAGAUGUGAAUGGUAAGAAGAUUUCAGUCCCGAUCAUUCAAUUUCAGAGUAAUGCGGACUUCUCUGAAGUUUUGCCCGUCUCCGAGAGUCAGCCGUUCUUUCUAAGCGCAAACUAUCCGACCGAAUCGGAUUUGGCAUUUAACUUUGGAACUAGGCCAAAGCUCAACAUGGCUCUUCAAUCGAGAAACUUUUCACCAUUUUUGUCGCCUGUGUCGAGCUUUCAAGGUCAGAUUGUGCCAAUUCAAACGGCUAACAGUAGUCCGCAAUUUCCGCAGUAUAAAGGCGCCAGCGUAGAAGUUUACGCAGUUCCAAAUAAUGUUCCUAAAGUGCAAGGCAGUUACGAGUCCCUUUAUAAUCAACCACAGUUACACUUUGGCCAGGAACAUAGUUAUAAUGUGCAACCUAUUAACGUGCAGCAAAAUAUUAUGCAUCCUUCCGUGUCAACGGAGGGUAUUUUAAACGAUGUAGAAAUUAUCAAUAAAAAAAAUCCGGAGCCGCAUACACCUCAAUCUGAUGAUGACAAGGAUGAUGAUAGGGAGGAUGAAAGAUAUAAAAAUCCAGAGAAGGAAGAUGAACAUAGUUCUGAAGAUGAUAAUGCCGAGCAUCAACCGGGAAAGUAUUUCAAGGAGCCACCGACACAAAGUGAUUUUAAACCUUCGACAUCUUAUCCCUUCAAAGAGUAUGACGAGAGAUUUGGAAAGUAUAAAGCACAAACUGAUGACGAUGACUUUGAAGAUAAGCCAUAUUCGAGCUAUAAGGAGGAUUCAGCGGACGAUAAUGAAGAGAAAGAAGACCCAUCAUCAGAAUAUCAUACUGAAUACAAUGAUUCCCCAGAAUCAUCGCAUGAAUCGUAUGAAGAAGAGGAUGAAGAAAAAGAAGAAAGCAUUAAACAACGCGAAGAAGCCGAUGCAAAUUCUGACGAAGUGGAACCCAAACAAUAUAAAUAUUACGGAAAAGAUUUAGAGCAGGAAUUUGAAGAAUCUUAUCGGGAAGAGCUUCCAAAACACAAAUAUGUGCAUGUGAAAGAAGUGCCAGAAAUAGAUAGCUAUAAUAAUCCGAUAUCUUCUAAACAACAAAAAAAUAAUAAUCGGUUUCAUAUAAAUCACGAGCAAUUUGAAGAAUCGACAAGUCAAGCACCCCGGGUGUCCCGUAAGAAUCGCAAAAUACCAAAGCAAGCAGGUUAUAAAGAUAACGCAGCUUAUAGUUCAGAUAUUUUUGUUAAAAAGAAGCCGAAAGUGAUUCAUAAAGAAUUGUUUGGAUACAAGAAUCCCGAGAUCGAAGAGUUUUCUAAGCAGUCGAAAACUAAAGCUGUUGCGAUUGAAACGCCUAUUAAAAAAGAAGACAGUUAUAUUCGUGCUGCUAACAAUAAGUAUUACAAAUUUAAAAAUCCUAAAAUUGGUAGCAAACUUGCUCUCGAAAAUAAAGAUUCCUUUUUGAUAAAUACUCGGAAAUCAGCUAAAUAUUUGCCCGAGGAAGUGAUUAAAUCGAAUGUGAAGCAAUUGUCAAAUCCAAGCAAUAUAGUUUUUUCUUACGGAGGCCAAAUUUUCUCACAAAUGCAGGAAUUUAGAGAGAUCUAACAAUCUAAGCGAUGAUGUAAUCAAAUAUUAAGCUGAGAAAUAAGCUGAGAUACAUAUGGAAUGUGAAAAUCUAGAUUUUUGUAUUUUGUUGGAGAAGAUCAAAUAUUUUAUACAUCAAACAUUUGUUAAUGUAUAAUUACUGCUAUUAUUUCAUUAAUUUAUACAAUAAUUAUCAUACUUCUAUGUUUUUAAAACGUAUUGUAAUUUUAUUUUAUAUAUAUUUUGUUUUCUCUAAUUACAAUAUUUUUUUACAAUUAAUUUACACACAUAUAUAUGUAUCAUUAAUUUAUUUCAUAAGAAAUCAAUUAUUACAAAUUAAUUAAAAUUAUAUAAUUAGUGUUAUAAAAUUAAU